CCCGCUCCGCUCAGAGCGAGCCGAGGCUGCGCUAGCGUUAGCUUAUAGGUUUUUUUUUAAAGCCACAGCGACCCUUUUCGGUCCAUCGGCGGCGGGUACACACGCUUUUAGCGCAGUUUUGAGGCGGUUUUUCGGGGUUUGUGACAGGUUACGGUGGGGGCAGGUCAGCUCCGCUCCUCUCCCAGGCAGCCAGGGUGGGUUAGCGCUCGGUUAGCCAGCUCCUUUUAAACGGUGCCCGGCCGUUAAACUAACGUUAACGCUUAAAAACUUGGAGCAGCUUUAAGCCAUAAAAACCAUUUCGACCGGGACUGACUCGACCUGUCCGGGAUCCCUUCGGACUCCUACGAUGUUCGAGACGGAAGGGAGGAGCAUGUCGCGCCUUUCUCUGAGCCGCUCGCCGGUCUCUCCUCUGGCCGCGCAGGGCAUCCCACUGCCCGCGCAGCUCACCAAAGCCAACGCGCCUGUCCACAUCGACGUGGGCGGACACAUGUACACCAGCAGCCUGGCCACUCUCACCAAGUACCCGGACUCCAGGAUCAGUCGUCUCUUUAACGGCACAGAGCCCAUCGUGCUGGACAGUCUGAAGCAGCACUACUUCAUCGACAGGGAUGGAGAGAUUUUCCGCUACAUCCUCAGCUUCCUCAGGACCUGCAAGCUGCUGCUGCCUGAUGACUUCAAGGACUUCCACUUGUUGUAUGAGGAAGCGCGGUACUAUCAGCUGACUCCGAUGGUGAAGGAGCUGGAGCGUUGGAAGCAGGAGCGUGAGCAGCGGCGUCUGGCCCAGCCCUGCGACUGCCUGGUGGUUCGCGUGACCCCUGACCUUGGCGAGAGGAUCGCCCUGAGUGGAGAGAAAGUUCUUAUCGAGGAGAUCUUUCCUGAGACUGGAGACGUCAUGUGCAACUCCGUUAAUGCCGGCUGGAACCAGGACCCAACACACGUGAUCCGGUUCCCUCUGAACGGCUACUGCAGACUCAACUCAGUACAGGUGCUGGAGCGUCUGUUCCAGAAGGGUUUCAGCGUGGCAGCGUCGUGUGGGGGUGGAGUGGACUCCUCCCAGUUCAGCGAGUACGUCCUGUGUCGCGAGGACAGGCGGAGCCAGUCCAUGAACACGCCCAUCAGGAUAAAACAGGAGCCGCUGGACUAGUGACCAGACUGCCCUCCGAGACUUAACAACCCAGUUCCACACGUACUCACACACACAUAAGCGCUCACCUACACCACACAUACCUACAGACUCGGAUACGGACCCCUGUUAGCUUCGCCGGCUCCACAGCGGAAUGUAAUGUAAAACAAACACAGAUAAAACAGCGUGUUUCUCACUUCCGAACUCAAGAGUAACCCAAAGAACUACAGAGCGAACUACAUAAAGGUGGCGGAACAGAAGCAGCUAAGCCAAUCCCUGACGUCCAAGCCAGAUGACUGGCACUCAGACUGACCAGUGAGAGUCACCGGUGUGUAUUCCUCGUGCCGUGUCGCUGUGUGAGGCGUGUAUGUUCGUGCACCGGUUUCUCACAGCUAGCAGAGAGCUGGACUCCAGUGACCAACACAGAAAACGAAACGCAGGGCAUUCGACUCCCAACGGCCAACGAACGGACUCAGUGAAGAGGGGUCCAGCUUCUAUACCUCUGCCAAAUCGAUUGUUUCACGUUACUGUUCAUAAAAUGCAGCCUUUCCUCCCACCGUGAUGUACACAGUCAUUAAUACUAGGAUUUUUUUUCCUUUUUUCCGUUUGGUUUUAUUCUUAUGUUUGUUUUAGCUUUUGUUUUGCUAUAUGAAGGAUGAAUGUGAGUGGUGUUCUGAAGUCAUUAGGUUGGGGGAGAGUUUCCUGGCGCUGCUUUCGCUGAGAAACACUAUUAUGGCCCGAGGCGGGGCAGUUAACGCAGUGUGACUGUAAUGCAUUCAGAGCCCAGAGAAGGCCUCUUUGUUUAAAGAGAGCUGCAGCAAACACGAGUAUUUCUGAAAAAACCCUGCUACAGAAACAGGUAACAGAGAAGUGCAUCUAAUGCGAUUCUCAUGAUGAGUCUUCAACAUAUCGUUCGGAAUUGGACAUUAGCUAUGUGCCAGUGAGAGCUGUGUGGUCAGGGAAAGUCACGUUAAGAUCAAAAGACGUUACAGACUGGAAUGAAUUUGUUUAUUUACGUUGACCUUUGUUUGCUGCCUCAUGAUUGUGGCCAAACAUGUGACCGUUAGCUGGAGAAGCGGGAGGAGAAGCGAAAGCGUGUUGGAAAAUAGCCAAGAUUGUGUCAGAUCAACAGUAAAUGCUUGACUACAUAUUUUUGCACUUAAAUAAACAUGGAAGGCAGAGGCACAGUCCUUUCAGCACAGAUACCCUGCCCUCUGGCUGUCGUGAGAACAAGCAGCUUUUUCAAUGCUAGCUCAUCGUGCCAAAGGACGCAGCAUCCGAAUUUAAGGGAGCCAUGAUAGGAUGAGGUCAUUAGCUGUGGAUACGUUUUUUAUGUUAUCGUAGUGGAUUAAAACAGUUGCUUUCUGUUUCAGGUGGUGUGUGCUACUCACAUUCCUUACUGCAUCAUCAAAGUGUUAUCAGAUGCUUCACUGUGAUUCACACCAAAGCGCCGGCCAAGAACAGGAAACAUUUUUGAUCAGAUUUAGUUUGAGAAAGCGGCAGAGCUGGAUCUGAACGGUUUCAGAACUCUGGGCGUUUUAGAUUGAGGCAUUCAAACAGUAAAAAACUAUGUACAAUAUCAUGAAUGUGGCUGUCCGUCCUGUCAAAAGCUCUGUUGGAGCUGGAGCAGUUUUACUGGAGAAGGCUGAGUAAUGUAAUGUAAUUUUAUCGGGAUUUGAUGCUGGAAUGAUUCAGGAUAAAGUGUAGUUUCCCAAAGUUUCUACAGACUGGCCAAAUUACACAAUUGAUACAAUGGAUUAAUCAAUCCAGAAUAUUCAUAGCAGACUGUAGAACUGCACACCACUGCAGAUUCAUACCGGAUUAAAAUCACUCCACAAUUAUUACCGUCAGACUGUAAAACUACACACACUGCAUAUUCAUACUGGAUUAAAAUCACUCCACAAUUAUUACAGUCAGACUGUAAAA